AUGGAGAACGCCUGCUUUGCUUGUUUUUCAGCCAUCGACCGCUGGUGUCAUAUAUCCGCCUGUUUAGGGUCGUUUGGUGGUCGUUCGAGAGAUGGUAUCUAUGAAACGAUUUUGCAGGAUAGUGAACGAGAGGCGGUAGCCGAUUUGUUACAGUAUCUGGAGAAUCGAGGAGAAUCCGACCUAGACUUCUUUUCUGGCGAACCACUCCGGGCUCUUACUACAUUGGUGGAAUCGAAUAAUAUUGAUUUGCAACGAAGUGCUAGCUUGACUUUUGCAGAAAUCACAGAACAAGAUGUGCGAGAAGUCAAUCGAGACACCCUCGAGCCCAUCCUCACAUUGCUUCAAAGCCCCGACAUCGAAGUACAACGAGCCGCAAGCGCGGCGUUAGGCAACCUUGCCGUGAACACCGAAAACAAGGCGCUUAUCGUAAAUCUCGGCGGUCUCCAACCACUAAUCAAGCAAAUGCAGUCGCCCAAUGUCGAGGUCCAGUGCAAUGCCGUCGGCUGCAUUACGAAUUUAGCCACUCACGAGGAGAAUAAGUCUAAGAUCGCCAGGUCUGGCGCUCUCGGGCCCUUGACCAGGUUGGCCAAGUCCAAGGACAUGCGAGUUCAACGAAAUGCCACUGGUGCCUUAUUGAACAUGACCCAUUCUGAUGACAAUCGCCAACAACUUGUCAACGCGGGCGCCAUCCCCGUUCUAGUGCAUCUACUUUCAUCAGAAGACGUUGAUGUACAAUAUUACUGCACAACCGCUCUCAGCAACAUCGCCGUCGAUGCUGCCAAUAGAAAACGACUAGCGCAAACCGAGUCUCGCUUGGUUCAAUCUCUAGUGCAAUUGAUGGACUCGUCGACCCCAAAAGUACAGUGCCAAGCAGCUCUUGCUCUGCGAAACCUAGCAUCCGACGAGAAAUACCAGCUCGAAAUAGUCCGCGCAAAGGGCUUGCCUCCUCUCCUACGUCUCCUUCAAUCGUCAUACCUCCCGCUCAUUCUUUCUGCAGUCGCUUGCAUCCGAAAUAUAUCUAUCCAUCCUCUCAAUGAAUCGCCCAUUAUCGAUGCCGGAUUUUUGAAACCUCUGGUCGACCUUCUGGGCUCCAAAGAUAGCGAAGAAAUUCAAUGCCAUGCUAUAUCGACUCUACGAAACCUGGCAGCCAGUUCUGAUCGCAAUAAAGAGCUUGUUCUUCAAGCUGGCGCUGUCCAGAAAUGCAAGGAUCUUGUCCUUAAUGUCCCUGUCAUUGUUCAGUCAGAAAUGACUGCGGCCAUCGCCGUACUUGCGCUCAGUGACGAACUCAAGCCUCAACUUCUUAAUCUCGGUGUCUUUGAUGUUUUGAUUCCUCUUACCGCAUGUGAUAGUAUUGAGGUUCAGGGCAAUAGUGCUGCGGCGUUAGGAAAUUUGUCCUCUAAAGUUGGAGAUUACUCCAUCUUUAUUCGUGACUGGAAAGACCCUGAAGGAGGAUUCCACGGCUAUCUCAUUCGAUUCCUGGAUAGCGGAGACCCUACUUUCCAGCACAUCGCCAUCUGGACAUUGUUACAGCUAUUAGAGUCGGAAGACUCCAAACUCAUCGACCUCAUUUCGAAUUCAGGAGAUAUUAUGAAUCUAGUGAAACGAAUCUCUGACCGAAAUCUCGACUCUGACGACGAGGAGGUUGAUGAGGGAGAGGUAGAAGUCGUCGCACUAGCACGACGAUGUCUUGAGAUCCUCGGCAAAGGGCCCAAGCAGACGCUGGUCGAAGGGUAA